AUGGCACCUCCUCAUCUUUUCACCGCCUUGGGCAUCUUUGCCACGGCUUUGGCUGCGUCAAACAACGCAACAAGCUCUGGCGCCCAGGGCGCUUGCGGAGAGUUGGCGACCCUGUACCCAGACCUCCUCCUCACUCGAAACUCGACAAACUACACAGUUGAGGCCACGCACUACUGGGACAUGAAAGCCAAUUUGAAGCCGCUCUGCAUUUUUCAGCCGACCAACGCGGAUCAAGUUGCCAGUUCGGUUACCAUUUUCAACAAGUACCAAGCCCACUUUGCGGUGCGUGGUGGAGGACAUAUGAACUACGCUGGCUCAAACAACAUCGACGAUGGAGUUUUGCUGGCUUUGAACGGACUCGAUCACUUGGAGAUCCUGGAAGAUGAAGGGCUUGUUGAACUUGGGCCUGGAAAUCGCUGGGAGAACGCCUACAGCGCUCUUGGAGCAGUCGGAAAGUACAUGAUCGGCGGUCGGCUCAAGUCGAUCGGAGUGCCAGGUCUCUCCUUGAUUGGUGGAGUGCACUACUUCGCCAACAAAUACGGAUAUGCCAUGGACAACGUCAUGAGCUAUGAUGUGGUCCUGGGUAAUGGCACUCAGGUUGUCGCCAACUCAACUUGCAAUCCGGAUCUCUUCUGGGCGCUGAAAGGUGGUGCUAACAAUUUUGGGGUGGUAACAAAAUUCGUGUCGAAGACAUACGAUAUCCCCAAGAUCAGCACCACGAUCCAGGCAUUCAACGAGAGUACGGUUGCAGAUUUCAUCAAAGCUGUUUGCGCUUUUGCUCUGCACGACGAUCCUUCGGUUGGUGCCGGCGCAGUCAUCACGAUCACCUAUAACGCUACGACAAAGGAAGUUUCUCCAUCGAUCCUCGGUGUUCAAGAAGGCACGGAAUCCCCUCCCUCCAAGUUUGCCGAGUUUUCGUCCAUUCCUGCCGUGCAGAGGAUCAACAACGUUACGACUCCGCCGCAAUGGCAUGCCAACCUCGAUUCGCCAUUCCAGAUGUUCAGAAAUUCCGCCGGUCAUCAUGCCAUCAAGCCGGAUUUCGAUGCCAUCUGGGACAUGUACACCCAGUGGAAAGCCGCCGUUGAUGACAUUGCCGAUGUUGAAGGCCUGUAUCCUACGUUUGUGUUGAACAUGGCACCCAAGUCUGCUGCUUCUGUGGCCAAGACGAACGGAAUUGGAAACACGUGGGGCCUCGAUGAUGAUGCAUCUUAUAUCUGGUGGCAAUUCUCCACUGGCUGGGCUUCGAGCAAGGAUGAUCUGCGCAUGACAUACUGGAGCCGCUCACUGAUUGAAAAAUUCCAUGCAGCGAAUAAGGCCAAGAAUCUGUCCUCCGAGUUCCUUUACAUGGGCGACGCUGCCGAUUGGCAAGACGUCUUUGUCGGAUUUGCUCCUGGUAAUGUUGAGAAGAUGAAGCAAAUCAGGGACAAGUACGAUACGGACGGCGUGUUCCACAAACUAAACUGGGGUGGGUUCAAGCUUGGCUACUAA